UCUGCCUCUCCCGGGGAGCCUCUGGCCGGCUGUCUGCGUACGUGGGAGCCCGGGAGGAGCAGCUCGCAGCGCGGGAGGCGGGCAUGGAAGGCUGAGCGGAGCUGCCUCUGCAAGCAGCAAUAAUGUGGCUGACUCCCGAGGAGGUGCUGCUAAAGAACGCGCUGAAGCUGUGGGUCUUGGAGCGCUCCAACCGGUACUUCGUCCUGCAGAGGAGGAGAGGCUGUGGGGAGGAAGGCGGAGGAGGGCUCACCGGCAUCCUGGUGGGGACCCUGGAUGCAGUUUUGGACUCUACGUCAAAAGUUGCUCCUUUUCGCAUCCUGCACCAGACACCAGAUUCUCAAGUCUACUGGUCUAUUGCAUGUGGAGCCAGCAGAGAAGAAAUAACAGCACACUGGGACUGGCUAGAGCAGAAUGUGAUGGCGACUCUCUCUGUGUUCGAUUCCAGUGAGGACAUCACCAGCUUUGUGCAUGGGAAGAUCAGAGGUUUGAUUGCCGAAGAAGGAAAAGGAUCCUUAAUAAAAGAGGAGGAUCCAGAGAAGUUCCGUGAAGCUCAUCUGAAGUUCGGGAAGUGUUUCGGGCUACCCGAACAAGAGAAGCUGGUGACGUACUACUCAUGCAGCUACUGGAGAGGCCGGGUGCCCUGCCAAGGAUGGCUGUAUCUGAGCACCAACUUUCUGAGCUUUUACUCCUUCCUACUGGGAGCUGAAAUAAAACUUGUCAUAUCCUGGGAUGAAAUCUCAGUGCUCGAAAAGUCGUCCAACGUCAUCCUGACAGAGAGCAUCCAUGUCUGCUCCCGGGGGGAGGACCACUAUUUUUCCAUGUUCCUGCACAUCAGUGAAACAUUCCUUCUCAUGGAGCAGCUGGCCCUGUAUGCUGUCCGAAGACUCUUUGACAAGGAGACGUUCGAUAAUGACCCCGUCCUCCGUGAUCCCCUGCAAAUCACUAAGAGAGGGCUUGAAAGCAGAGCCCACAGCGAGCAGUUUAAUGCCUUCUUCAGGCUGCCGAAGGAGGAGUGCCUGCGGGAAGUGCACGAGUGUUUCUUAUGGGUGCCUUUCAGCCACUACAAUACUCUGGGGAAAAUGUGCAUCUCGGAGAACUACGUCUGCUUUGCCAGCCAGGAUGGUUGCCUGUGCUGCGUAAUCAUCCCUCUGAGAGAGGUUGUAGCAGUCGAGGUGUCUGAUCCUGGUAGCAAAGCUGUCAGCAUCGCUACCAGAGGGAAGAGAGCCUUCCGCUUCUCCGAAGUGCGGGAUUUUGAACAACUGGUGGCGACGCUUAAGAAGAAGUGUGAUGCCGCAGCAAGCCUACAGCAUAGCGUGAGCACAGAGGUUGCUGCUAGCUCGAACGCUGAGCCUCUCGUGGACUAUUUUGAGGGGCAGCCGAUGGCAAGCCACAAAGACAACAGCAAGAUGGUUAGUACGGAAGCCCUCAUGACCGUCUUUCACCCUCAGGAUGCGGAGAAUCUGGACGCUAAAAUGUUGAAAGAAAGAAUGAAGGAGCAGUCCUGGAACAUCCUUUUCGUAGAAUGCGGGCGUGGUGUAAGUAUGUUUCGGACGAGGAAGACGAGGGACCUGAUUGUCAAAGGGAUACCCGAGGUGUUACGAGGAGACCUUUGGCUCCUUUUCUCAGGCGCUGCAAAUGACAUGGCUACCAACCCUGGCUAUUACACCGAGAUGGUGGAGAGGUCCUUCGGCACGUGCACUUUGGCAACGGAUGAAAUCGAACGUGAUCUGCGCCGCUCCUUACCCGAGCAUCCAGCUUUCCAGAGUGACACGGGCAUUUCUGCCCUGAGGAGGGUUCUCACGGCGUAUGCCCACAGGAACCCCAAGAUUGGAUAUUGCCAGGCAAUGAACAUUCUGACAUCAGUGCUGCUCCUUUACGCCAAGGAGGAAGAAGCUUUCUGGCUCCUGGUUGCUGUGUGCGAAAGGAUGCUGCCCGAUUAUUUCAACCGCCGAAUCAUUGGUGCCUUGGUAGACCAAGCGGUGUUUGAGGAGCUGAUCAGGAACUAUCUGCCGCAGCUGACGGAGCACAUGACCGACAUGACGUUCUUCUCCUCCGUCUCCCUGUCCUGGUUCCUCACUCUGUUCAUCAGUGUGCUGCCCAUUGAGAGCGCGGUCAAUGUGGUCGACUGCUUCUUCUACGACGGGAUCAAGGCCGUUCUUCAGCUGGGCCUGGCUGUGCUAGAUUACAACAUGGACAGGCUGCUCACUUGUAAGGAUGAUGCAGAAGCUGUGACUGUCCUCAACAGGUUUUUUGACAGUGUUACCAACAAAGACAGUCCUCUGCCUCCAGCAGUGCAGCAGGGCUCGGGUGCGAAUGAAGCCAAGAGCCCUCACCCCAAAGUGGACAUCACGGACUUGAUUCGAGAGUCAAACGAGAAAUAUGGUGACAUCCGGUUUGAGGAAGUAGAAAGUAUGCGGCGCCGUAACAGGCUGUAUGUCAUUCAGACCUUGGAGGUCACUACGAAGCAAAAUGUGCUGCGUGUUAUCUCCCAGGAUGUGAAAAUAAGUCCUAGCAACCUGGAAGAGCUGUAUGAAUUAUUCAAGAAGGAGCAUUUUCUCUCUUGCUACUGGAGCAUGGACAGCCCGGCCCUGAAGCACCAUGACCCCAGCCUCCCUUACCUGGACCAGUAUCGCAUCGACUGCCAGCAGUUCCGUGUCCUUUACCACCUCCUGAGCCCUUGGGCGCAUUGUGCAAACAGGGACUCCCUCGCUCUGUGGACGUUCCGGUUGCUGGAUGAUAACCUAGAUGGGCUUAUAAACUUCAAAGAAUUUGCCUCUACUCUGGAUGUCAUGUAUCAUGGGAGCUUUACCCAAAAGCUGAAGCUGCUUUUCAAAUUGCACAUACCUCCGGCUUUCACCGAAGUGGAAUCCCUAAGCCCUUCCAAAGGGACUCAGCUAUCUAAAGAAGAGUUGAUCCACUUUAGCCAAUUAAAUGUUUCUUCUCCUGAGGACCGUGAAGGUGCUGAUGCUUUAAACAGGAGCCCAGAAAAAGGUAAAGGAAAAGUAGACAUCCAGGCCUAUUUGAAGCAGUGGCAGGAUGAAUUGCUAAAAAAAGAAGAAAGCAUUAAGGAUUUGCCCCGCAUGGACCAGUCCCAGUUCAUCCAGUUUUCAAAGACUUUGUAUAACUUAUUUCACGGAGACCCAGAAGAGGAGCUGCUCUAUCGCGCCAUUGCCACCGUCACCAGCCUCUUGCUGAAGAUGGAGGAGGUUGGCCGAAGACUCCAGAGCCCCACUUUGCCAGCCAAGAGCAUGGCCCCUUCCACCUCCAACUUGGGCGCAGAAGAUGCCCAGACGCCCCCAGAGGCUCAGCCUACCCCACAGAUUGAAAGAGGUGGACUUCAGAGCCCACGCAGACCCGACGAAUGGUCAUUUGCCUUUGAGCAGCUGCUGGCGUCUUUACUAAAUGAACCUGCUUUGGUGAGAUUUUUCGAGAAGCCAGUGGAUGUCACAGCCAAGUUGGAAAACGCUAGAGUUUCUCAGUUGAAAGCGAAGGCCAGAGUAUAGCACCUGCCUGAUGCUCCACACAGAAGCACUUGGAAGGACAGAGGGUCAUUUGUGAGCUCAGCAUCUUGAGUUUGGGGGGUUUGAAGAUUCAGCUUGAUUCCCCUCUAUGCCAUAGGCAGGGUUGUUUGUGUUUUUGCAAAGUUAAAAUAAGCAUAGCUUGAAGGACAAUUUGCACCUAAAUUUUGCAUUUUUAGUACACUCGGGAGACUUAAACCACAUCUGCCAACACAAGCCAACUUGGAAGGGAAUAGCAAGCAGGUCUGUCAGGGGCAAAGUUGGGGAUGGUUCGUGGUUGUUGCUUUCCCAAACCACCGUUUCGUGUUAAUAGUUCUCACGCUGAAUGUAAUGUCUGCCACUUUUGCUGCAGAGUGGUGUUGGCCUUUACCUAUUCUGAUGUAACUGUUGGUUGGAUUUCCAAAGAAUUGCUUCUUAAGCUCUGAAUGUAGAAUUUGUUUCCUGC